AUGGCUGGACCAGUACCAAGCCAGUCUAGAGUUUACAAGGAUGUUAAUUUACACAAACCUCGAGAAUAUUGGGAUUACCAAAGGCUUGCAGUAGAAUGGGGUAAUCAAGAUGACUAUCAGUUGGUUCAAAAAUUAGGCCGAGGUAAAUACAGUGAAGUGUUUGAAGGCAUUAAUAUUACAAAUGAUGAAAAAGUUGUGGUUAAAGUUCUCAAGCCAGUAAGGAAGAAGAAAAUCAAGCGUGAAAUCAAGAUCUUGAUAAACUUGCAAGGUGGUCCCAACAUUAUCACUUUAUUGGACAUUGUAAAAGACCCUGAAUCACAAUCUACUGCCUUGAUUUUUCAACAUGUAAACAACACAGACUUCAAACAAUUGUAUCCCACAUUCACAGACUAUGAUAUUCGUUACUACAUUUAUGAGCUAUUAAAAGCCUUGGAUUUCAGUCACGGCAUGGGCAUUAUGCACAGAGAUGUGAAGCCCCAGAAUAUUGUUAUUGAUCACCAGAAAAGAAGGCUCUGGCUUAUAGACUGGGGUUUAGCUGAUUUCUAUCAUCCUGGCCAAAAAUACAAUGUUCAAGUUGCCUCACGAUACUUCAAAGCUCCAGAGCUGCUUAUUGAUUAUCAGAUGUAUGAUUAUAGUAUGGAUUUAUGGAGCGUAGGCUGCAUGUUCGCUAGUAUGAUCUUUCUCAAAGAGCCAUUUUUCCCCGGCUUGGAUAAUAAUGAUCAGUUGGUGAAGAUUGUCAAAGUUCUGGGCACAGAAGCCUUAUAUGAAUAUAUCAACAAAUACAACAUUGAGUUAGAUCCCCGAUAUGGUGAACUCUUGGGCAGACACUCCCGUAAGCAUUGGGAACGCUUUAUCAAUGAAGACAAUGAGCAUCUUACUAGCUCAGAAGCUUUAGAUUUUGUGGACAAACUGCUAUGUUAUGACCAUCAAACACGACUCACCGCCAGAGAGGCCAUGGACCACCCUUAUUUCUAUCCUCUUUUUAAGAAACAGUUUGAGCCACUAGCAGAAAAUUCCAUGAUUUCAUCUCUCCUGACAGCUGCAUAA